AUGUUGUGUUCAAGAAAUACUAUUCAUUCUAUGAUUACGAAGUAUAAAAAAACAAGGUGUAUUGCUAAUUUGGCUGGCCGUAGUCGAAAACGAAAAACAACAACCAGAGUGGACAAGCUUAUUCAGCGGAAAAUUAAAGUGGAUCGUCGCAAGUCAGCGUCGUCUAUUAAACAUGAGAUCAUGGACGAGUUGAACGUUGCAAUAUCCAGUCAAACAGUUCGUCGUCGUGCUCAUGAACUUGGAUUGUAUGGACAUGUCGCUCGGAAAAAGCCUUAUGUAAAUAAAGCAAACCGGGUUAAGCGUCUGAAUUACGUCAAAAUGUAUCAAGAUAAGGGAAUGGCAUUCUGGAAACAUUUCUUAUGGUCAGAUGAAUCGAAGUACAAUCUCUUUGGAUCAGAUAGCAAGGUUAUGGUAUGGCGAACACCAAAAGAAGAAUAUGAUAAAAAAUGUAUAGUUCCGACAGUAAAAUAUGGUGGUGGUAAUGUUAAGGUGUGGGGUUGUUUUGCUUGGAAUGGUGUGGGAAAUCUGGUGUUUAUUGAAGGGAACAUGACAGGUGCGAUGUACAAAAACAUUUUAGAUGAAAAUUUAUUUCAAUCAUCGAAGAAAUUGCAAUUGGGUAGUGGCAUGGUGUUUCAACAUGACAAUGACUUGAAACAUACUGCACAUAUUGUGAAGUAUUGGCUCGAUGAAAAUCAUGUUGAACGUUUGAUUUGGCCUCCAUUCUCACCAGACCUCAAUCCCAUCGAACAUCUUUGGGAUGAACUCGAACGUCGAAUGAAGAAGCAUCAGCCAAAAAAUGAGAAAGAACUUCGAGAAUUACUAUAA